AUGUAUCCAUUGCCGUCGGACUUUAUGCGAGAGAUACAGGUGCUGCUUGGACGGUGUGUCGAUGUCUAUUUGGAGCUGGAGAUUGUUUGUCGUAGUGUGACAAGUGGAAACGAGGAGUGCAUGGGGCGUAUGCAAGCAUCUCCCGGUGCAUUGUCGAUGUAG